UCCAAGUCUAAAAUAAAGUCAACCAAUUUGGUCCAAGGAAGAUGUCUGUAUUCAUGGACUUGAAUAUUAGCUACACUACCGACAGAAAACGGCUGCAAGCUAUGAUUGAAACAGCUGCGCACCUUGGCUAUUCCACUGUUGCCAUCAAUUAUACGGUUGAAUUUCAGCAAAAGAAACAGGAAAUUCCUAGACCAAAAAGUGUGACAGAACUAUUUGAAAAGCUCCCGAUAGUACAGGGUAAAUCCAGUCCUAUCAAAGUGGUGAACCGUCUUACAGUGGUGACUGCUGAUGCAGCUCACUUCAGGCCCACUGCUGAAUAUAAGUCCUUUGAUCUCGUGGCUGUGUAUCCUAAGACGGAGAAGCUGUUUCAUACAGCUUGCAUGACAUUUGAUGUGGAUAUCAUCUGUAUAGCCACAACUGAAAAGCAGCCUUUCCAUUUCAAAAGAUCUCCAGUAAAUGGGGCUAUUGAACGGGGAGUGUUUUUUGAGAUUUGCUACACACCAGCGAUCAGAGACUCCACCAUGAGGAAAUACACAAUUGCAAACGCUCUUUGCUUGAUGGAGAUAUGCAAAGGGAAGAAUGUAAUUUUGUCCAGUGCGGCAGAAAAGGUCCUUGAGUUACGUGGACCAUAUGACAUCGCCAAUUUGGGGCUAGUGUUUGGUCUCUCUGAGGGAGAUGCCAAAGCAGCAGUGUCUACAAACUGCCGAUCUGUUCUCCUACACGGAGAGACAAGAACAACUGCAUUUGGUAUCAUUCACACUGUGAAGAAAGUACAACCAACCACCAAACAGACAGAUGAAGCAGAGGCUCCAGCUUCCAAGAAGACCAAGACCGAAAAUAUUUAGCUCAGACAUUGAGUAAAAGAGUAUUAGUUUGUUUUUUGUUUUUUUAAGAUACUUUGAGA